AUGGCUUCCCUAUCGCUGCGGACCCUCGUCAGGCCCGCGAUCCCAGUGGCGCCUCGGAUCCAGCCCAUCAUGGCAGCGUUUUCCACCACCAGCUUCCUCGCCGCCGGUCCCCCGGCAGUAAAGAGCCGCAAGGACCUCCCGAAGAAGACGAAGAAGACGUACAAGAAGAAGCAGAACAUUGUGCCGGCCAAGAAGCCCGGGCCGGGCGAGCGCAAGGCCUUCCGCAAGCGAAUCCAGCUCAGCAACAACAGCGCCCUGCCCGUGACGGGGAUUGAGAGCCUCGAGGCGCAGACCAUGGCCAAGGCGGAGAGCGGCGGCAAGAUGUUUGCCGUGCCGGACCAGGUGGUGGACCAAUUGAGGGCGUUGGAGGCGUUCAAGACGACACAGACGUGGAAUCUGUUCCGGAAACCUCACGUGCUGGUGCGAAAAGAGACGGUCGAGCUGAUGAGCAAGCUGGAGGCGUCGGUGGAAAAGAAGGAGGCCUUCAAGUGUGUGCUGACGGGCAGUGCGCUUUCGGGGAAGAGCUUGACGCUGCUUCAGGCCAUGUCUUAUGCGCUGUUGAACGAGUGGGUGGUGAUUCACAUCCCCGAAGGUCAAGAUCUUACAAACGGAAACACGGAGUUUUCUCCCGUUCCCGACACAGAGCCCAUGCAGUUCACCCAGCCCGUGUACUGCCUGAAGCUGCUCCAAAACAUCUACAAGGCCAACAAGGCCGUCCUCGAGAAGACGCCCGUCAAGCUGGACUGGUCCCGCCUAACAAAUCUCCAAAAGGACGCCACGCUCGCCGACCUGGCCCUCAGCGCAAAGGAGAGCGAGUUCGCCUGGCCCACGCUGUCGGCCCUGUGGACGGAGCUGACCCAGCCGGGCCGGCCCCCCGUGCUGUUCGCCCUCGACGGCCUCGCCCACAUCAACAAGGUCAGCGCCUACCGCGACCCUUCCUUCAACACCGUGCACGCCCACGAGCUGCUCCUCGUGCGCACCUUUGUCGACGCCCUGUCCGGCAAGACGAAUCUCCCCAACGGCGGCGCCGUCAUCGCCGCCACCUCCGAGAACAACACCCACUACCACCCGUCGCAGGAGCUCGUCCUGUCGCAGCUGGAAGCCGGCCAGGCGGGCCGCGAGGUGCCCAAGCCCAACGCCUACGAGAAGAAGUACGACGACCGGGUCUACGACGCUCUCAAGAACAGCCAGGUCGUUCGCCUCGAGGGCGUUUCCAAGGACGAGGCGAGAGUGCUGAUGGAGUACUGGGGCGCCAGCGGAAUGUUGCGCAGCGUGCUUAGUUCGGGGGCCGUGGCGGAGAAGUGGGCUUUGGGAGGACACGGCAUUGUGGGCGAGAUGGAGAGGGCUUCACUUAUGACGAUGAGGAUGUAA